GACCGCAAAAUCUUGUUAGUCAGUAUUGAAUUCGAUUUUCAAGAAAACAGACGUUCUCAAAAUUUCGGAAUCUGAAUCUAACGCGUCGUGUUCUCCCAGUUCGCUAAAAAAAAUAUAUAUAUAUACAUAUGUAGAUAUUUGUAUGUGCAUUUCGGAAAAUUAUUUACCAUAUUGUCAUUCCAAAAGAUACUGACAAAAAUUCAGACACAUCUCUUGGGUUGCGGAGACGUUGAAUUGAUUAGUGCACACGUCUGACAUAUACAUCAAGUAUAUAGAAAACCAACAUUCGAACACCUAGGAAAGCACUUCUGGGGACUUGUUAAAGAUUUAUAGUCGCAAUAGAUUUUCUUAAGUGUGCCAUCGCGAUGGCUGCACCAGCAGCCUGUACGCGUUUUUCGGACAACUACGACAUCAAAGAAGAGCUGGGAAAAGGGGCCUUCUCAAUAGUAAAAAGAUGUGUCCAAAAGUCAACUGGAUUUGAAUUUGCUGCAAAAAUUAUAAAUACAAAAAAAUUAACUGCAAGAGACUUUCAAAAACUGGAACGUGAAGCUAGGAUCUGCAGAAAAUUACACCAUCCUAACAUAGUGCGAUUGCAUGACAGUAUACAGGAGGAGAACUAUCACUAUCUUGUUUUUGAUCUUGUAACUGGUGGUGAACUUUUCGAAGAUAUUGUUGCACGCGAAUUUUAUUCAGAGGCUGAUGCAUCACAUUGUAUUCAACAAAUAUUGGAAUCGGUCAAUCACUGCCACCAAAAUGGUGUGGUGCAUCGAGAUCUGAAACCAGAGAAUUUACUAUUAGCUAGUAAGGCAAAGGGUGCAGCAGUGAAACUCGCUGACUUUGGUCUAGCCAUUGAAGUUCAAGGCGAUCAUCAGGCUUGGUUUGGAUUUGCUGGCACUCCAGGAUAUCUGUCGCCAGAGGUAUUGAAAAAGGAGCCUUAUGGCAAAUCGGUAGAUAUAUGGGCAUGUGGUGUCAUUCUUUACAUACUUCUUGUUGGCUACCCACCAUUCUGGGACGAGGAUCAGCACCGACUGUACUCUCAGAUUAAAGCAGGCGCUUAUGAUUAUCCGUCUCCAGAAUGGGAUACGGUCACCCCAGAAGCAAAGAAUCUUAUCAACCAAAUGCUUACGGUAAAUCCAAAUAAACGAAUAACCGCCGCCGAGGCUUUGAAGCACCCAUGGAUUUGUCAACGAGAGCGUGUGGCUUCCGUCGUGCAUCGCCAAGAAACUGUAGACUGCCUGAAGAAGUUUAAUGCGCGUCGCAAGCUAAAGGGAGCCAUACUAACGACAAUGUUGGCUACCAGAAAUUUUUCAAGCAGAAGUAUGAUUACCAAAAAGGGUGACGGAUCUCAAGUCAAGGAAUCUACCGAUUCUUCUAGCACUACUCUAGAAGACGAUGACAUUAAAGAAGAUAAAAAAGGAAUCGUUGAUCGCAGUACCACAGUCAUAUCAAAAGAGCCAGAAGAUAUAAGGAUACUGUGUCCUGCAAAAACUUGCCAGCAAAAUACAGGAAACUCGCAGUGCUCGUCAGCAGCUAGACGACAAGAAAUAAUAAAGAUUACUGAACAGUUGAUUGAAGCUAUCAACAGCGGCGACUUUGAUGGAUACACCAAAAUAUGUGAUCCGCAUCUAACUGCCUUUGAGCCAGAAGCUUUGGGUAAUCUUGUCGAAGGAAUUGAUUUUCACAAAUUUUACUUUGAAAAUGUUCUUGGUAAGAAUUGCAAAGCUAUCAACACAACCAUAUUAAAUCCCCACGUGCACUUAUUGGGUGAAGAAGCCGCGUGCAUUGCCUAUGUCAGACUUACACAGUACAUAGAUAAGCAAGGACAUGCACACACCCAUCAGUCUGAGGAGACGCGCGUCUGGCACAAACGCGAUAACAAAUGGCAAAAUGUUCACUUUCAUCGAAGUGCAUCUGCCAAAAUAAGCGGAGCUACUACAUUCGAUUUUAUACCCCAAAAGUAGUGGGCGUUAGUCAAUGGAAUAUGAACUGUCAUUAUGCACAUGUCAAUAAAAGUGCUAUAUUUAUAACUAGAGGGCGCAAUAGUAAUUUUGCGAAUAAAGUUGUUAGUGCGAAUUUUAUUAUUUUCUUUAUUUAUUUCAAGUGUUUAGUGUCCCCUGUUAUUCUAUGUUAAAAUAUACAGUACAAUUAAAAGCAUAUAUCGCAUUUCAGAUAUCCCAUUGAAAUAUGGUCACUUUAAAAAUUCAAAGAACGAACAACACGAAUAUACAAAAUACAACAUAAUAUUUGAUGUAAAUGUCGUGGUAUCAAUCAUAAGAUUGUAAAUUUAAAUGUUGUUAAGGGAAGAAAAAGUUUAUCAUUUAACUUAUAUUGAUAUCAAACUUAAAAUAAAAUUAAAACCUUGUAUCUAUUGGAAUAAGCAAGAAAAUAAUUCCAACCACUUUACUUAAUCUUCUAAAAAUAAUUGCAAACAAUUUAAAAGGCAUGUAUCACCUACUAGGAUACGAAUAAUCAUUUGUUUGUGCAGUCCGCUUAUUCUUGUUCUUAAAAUACAUACACACAUACAUAGCUUACUAAAAUCUGUGAAUACAGGCGAAUACAAAUUACUCAAGUUAGCAUUAACGAUUUAUGAAACUGUAAAGCAUUAGGUAACUACAAUGUAGCAUUUAAAAUUUUGAAAAAAUAAGUACACAAAAACCAAAUGAAAUUAGCUAACUGAAAUAUAAAAUUAAGCCGAUUUAUUUAAAAGUAUGAAAUUACUUAAAAUUCACUAGAUGACUAAUUCUAUAUUUACUUCGCCGUUCUGUCCGCAUGUGCUAUAUCAGUAUAUAGAGAUGUCCUAAAAAUACCAUUUUGACGGUGCGGGUUACAUUCUUACAUGUAUACUGACAUCUGGAUCCACAAAUCCCGGUAAUUCGACGCGUCACAUAUAUGGAUGUGCAUAUUUCAAUAUCUCUUACGGCCGAAAAAAUAAUUACUUGUUAUUUUUUAAAAUAUUUUUGCGUUUCCUCUCGCGCGUGACUUGUUCCGCAUGUGGUAUAUAUGUUAUUGUUUAUAUUAUUGUUUGCUAAGGAAUAACUUACAUAAUUAAAAAUACAUGCAUACUUGUCAUAAAGAUACAUUAAAAUGUUUUACGAUGAAUUUUAAACGUUAUUUAAAAUGGUGGCACAGUCAAUAGAAUCCUUGGGACCGAUCUUUUUAGAUACCGACAUGUAUGAAAUGAAAAAAAACGCAACAUUACAAUUAAAUAAAAAUUAUUCUGUUUUCUUUAUAAUUUAUUGAAACUUCAUGAGCAUACUUAAAUAUUAAACCCUUUGCGAUGCAAUAAUAGUAAAGAAAGUUAAUAUUAAUCAACUCUUAAUGAAAGUCACAAAUAAUGUUAUAUAACAAUUCUCCUAAUUUUCAAAUUUCUAUAUAAAUAAAAUGUGUAAUAGGUUAAGCUCCUUUACUUAAUGGAUCUUUUUGUGUAUAACUCCAUAUACUUUGUUAUGAGCAUAAAUGCGAACAUAUAUUGUAUGUAUGAGACUGUAUCAUCGUAAAAUGAUUACAACUUUUUCCUGAUUAUGUGUGCAUACAAAAAAUUGAAUUUAAAAGCAUUUCAAAAAUUUACUGCACAUUUAUUUUUUACUCAAAAGUCAAAAACGAUUCUCUGAUAACUGUUUGAAAAAAUAUUUGAUUUAUGGUCCGUCUCCAAGUUGUACUUUUAAUACAACCCACUCCUCUAGCUUUAAAUAUUUAUAGGGCAAUGCCUUUACAGUGCUUGGAAUGUAUUUAUGAUUAUUUUAAUUGUCUAAUACUGUAAGUCAAUCUAGGAAUGGGACUUAUUCACAUGGUUAUCAAAUGUAAAUGCUGUUGCUAAAAUUCAUUUAUAGGACCUAAAUGUCUUCUGAAAUAAUAUUUAAUACUUAUAAUACGAAAAAAACUAUAUUAAACCAUUCGGACAUAUUAAAUUGAUCGAAGAGCUGUUGCUCCUAAGGUAAACGUUCUUAGAAUAAUACUUCAUUAACUGAAUUAUGUUUUUCAAAUCCAAAUAAUAAAAUAAAAGAAACAAGGAAUGCUAA